CGAAUUCUGGUUCGUGAAGUUUCGGCCAGUUCGGCGAGCGUAUUGGAUCAAGCUUUAGUUUUAGGUCACUGGCUUUUGCACUCGAUGCAAAUGGAGGCGAACUCGUCUCAUGACAUCUUCAACAGCUUCUCAUACAUAGCUCUGCUUUUGUCUCCAGCGAAAUGUUCCGGUCCAACCGAUGUGUGCGCGGGUGCCAAUAUUCUCGCACAGGGCGAGGACCCUCCCAUCAAACCAGACUCGGAAUACCCAGAAUGGCUUUUCGGUCUCCUGGACAAGAGUGUUAGAGAUGCCGGCAAAGAUGACCCGAUGCAGAAAGCCUACUGGAAAUCGAGGAGAAAGGCUGCGAUAAAGAAAGCCAAUUCUCUGCGUGCGAAGAAAUAA